CUACUGACUGCCGUAGCUUUUCGCUUUUGCUGCUUUAGCUUUUUAGGAACAUUCUUAUUGAUCUUCCCAUUAUUAACAGUUUCCCGUUUGAUUUUCUUUUCCUUUGAUGGCGUCUGUACGAAUUUCUCCAGUUGUUGAUUGAAAAGCACAGCUUGAGCCCAGCCAGCAUAUUUGCCGAAUUUCUCUUCAUAGAAUGCUGUCAGACGGCGACUCAAAGUGUUCGUCAGGUUUGAGUCCUUCAGUUCCGGCAGGUAGUACUUUUUGGUUAUCUCGAAGACAUGCCGAUCAAUAGGAACACAUUGGUUCUGUCCGAGAGACAUCAGAGCGACACAUUCCGCAACCUUCGGGCCAACACCGGCAAAACCAAGUAGGAAUUCGCGGAUCUCGUCGAUUUUCAGAUUUUGCACAUCCUCGAGGCAUGUACUAGGCAUGGUGCUGAGUUUCCUGACCGUCUCACUUAUACUUCUGGCCCGAUAUCCAAAAAGUCCUUCCCGAAGUACAUCUUCCAACACGCCUUGUACAUCGCUCAACUGUGACAAAGUAGGAAAAGCGUGACCCAGUUCCGGGAAAUUAUCAAUAACUUUUGCUCCAUCAUAACUCGGAUUGAGAGUAAUGGGAUCCCCAUAUAGCUUCGCCAAUCUGUUUACCAUGCUUGAGAUUCUUGGAAUAUUGUUGUUUGUUGAGCAGAUAAAUGCCAGUAGUGUUUCGAAUGGAUCUUGCUUCAGUAUGCGAAUACCGUGUAACUCCUUUACAUUCCUCAAUUCGGCCAUAAUCGUGUCUUCAGAUGACCAGUUAUCCCAUAGCUUAUCCAGGCUGAUAUCCAGUUGGAAAUAAUCGUGAAGUUUUUGAGCGAUAUUGACUUCCACGUCGGUAGGAGCUCUACCAAGGCACGACCAUUCGAUAUUAUCGUCGUCCACUCGUUUUAAAUGCAGAAGAAGCCCAUCUAUCACCCCAUAAAAAGAGUCGUCUAUGCUUCGCCAGCGAAAAGACUGGCCGUUUAA